CCUCCUGCUCCCAGGGCUCGGCUCCCUCCCUCGAUCCCCCGGUCGGCGGCGGUUGUUGUUCCGCGGCGGCGGCCGCACCUCGAGUCCUAACCUCCGGCCGCCCGCUCGCUAGCGGGUCCGCGCGCGCGCGGCCAUGGAGCUGGAAGUGCCGGAGGAGGCGGAGAGUGCCGAGGGGGGGACCGUGACCUCGGAGGCGACCUGGUCCGCGGAGAGCGGCGCGGUGGCAGGUUUGGCCCAGAAAAAGACGGCCCUGACGGAGGCCCCGUCAGUGACUGGACAGCCGGGCCCUGGUCACGGGAGGAAGCUGGGCCAUCGGGGCGUGGACGCAUCUGGUGAAACCACUUACAAAAAGACCACGUCUUCCACCCUGAAGGGGGCCAUCCAGCUGGGCAUUGGCUACACCGUGGGCAACCUGAGCUCCAAGCCAGAGCGAGACGUGCUUAUGCAGGACUUCUACGUCGUGGAGAGCAUCUUCUUCCCCAGUGAAGGCAGCAACCUGACUCCCGCUCACCACUUCCAGGACUUCAGGUUCAAGACCUAUGCACCUGUCGCCUUCCGCUACUUCCGGGAGCUCUUCGGCAUCCGGCCAGAUGAUUACUUGUACUCACUGUGCAAUGAGCCUCUGAUCGAGCUGUCCAACCCUGGCGCCAGCGGCUCCCUCUUCUACGUCACCAGCGACGAUGAGUUCAUCAUUAAGACGGUGAUGCACAAAGAGGCAGAGUUCCUGCAGAAACUGCUGCCCGGCUACUACAUGAAAUUGUGGCUCAUGGACAGAGUGCUUCGGCAUUUGGUGACUCAGAGGCACGGGGGAAGAGGAGCUGGGCCACCAGCUGGCACCUCGCAAAGGACCAGCUGCUUGGGCAUCCCCAUUCUGAACCUCAACCAGAAUCCGCGGACGCUCCUGCCCAAGUUCUACGGGUUGUACUGCGUGCAGUCCGGGGGCAAGAACAUCCGUGUGGUGGUCAUGAACAACAUCCUGCCGCGCAUGGUCAAGAUGCACCUCAAGUUUGAUCUCAAGGGCUCCACAUACAAGCGGCGGGCCAGCAAGAAGGAACGGGAGAAGAGCAUCCCCACCUACAAGGACCUGGACUUCAUCCAGGACAUGCCCGAGGGUCUCCUGCUGGAUGCCGACACCUUCUCUGCGCUCGUCAAGACGCUGCAGCGGGACUGCCUGGUGCUGGAGAGCUUCAAGAUCAUGGACUACAGCCUGCUCCUGGGUGUGCACAACAUCGACCAGCAGGAGCGGGAGUGGCAGGCUGAGGGUGCCCAGAGCACGGCCGAUGAGAAGCGGCCACUCGGUCAGAAGGCGCUCUACUCCACAGCCAUGGAGUCCAUCCAGGGCGGGGCCGCGUGUGGGGAGGCCAUCGAGACGGAUGACACGAUGGGGGGGAUCCCCGCCGUGAAUGGCCGAGGGGAACGUCUGCUGCUGCACAUCGGGAUCAUCGACAUCCUGCAGUCCUACAGGUUCAUCAAGAAACUGGAACACACCUGGAAGGCACUUGUCCACGAUGGGGACACUGUCUCCGUCCACCGGCCCAGCUUCUACGCCGAGCGCUUCUUCAAGUUCAUGAGCAACACAGUCUUUCGGAAGAACUCCUCCCUGAAGUCAUCCCCAUCCAAGAAGGGCCGCGGUGCCUUGUUGGCCGUCAAACCCCUGGGGCCCACAGCUGCCUUCUCAGCCAGCCAGAUCCCCAGUGAGCGGGAGGACACGCAGUACGACCUGCGGGGCGCCCGCAGCUACCCCACGUUGGAGGACGAAGGCCGGCCUGACCUCCUGCCCUGCACACCACCUUCUUUUGAGGAGGCCACCACUGCAUCCAUCGCCACGACCCUGUCCUCCACAUCCCUGUCCAUCCCAGAGCGGUCCCCCUCAGAGACCUCAGAGCAGCCAAGGUACAGGCGGCGCACACAGUCCUCUGGACAGGAGAGCCGCCCACCGAUGAGAGGAGCUGGGUGUACUCCCCACUCCACUAUAGUGCACAGGCCCACUCAGCCUCCGACGGCGAGAGCGACACAUAAUUUCUACAAAUCACCAACCAUAGGAGUGGAGCAUACACUGGCCAGCCCAGCUCGGCCCAGAGCACAGGAGCUGCCACCUGGCUGCCACUGGACCUCACUCGCCCACACCCUCCCCUUGGCGAUGGCCACUGAUGCUCCGGGCUGCAAAGCAAUGACCCCGGUUCCGUCAGCUACCUGCGCCUGUGAUACUGUGAACCUUCCUGAGUUUCCAAUCAUGUAUUUAUUUUGGGUCCUUACUCUUUGCACAGAGACAGCAGCACACAGCUGCUUUUUUUUACAAAAACAAAAAACAAAACAAAAAAAACACAAUGGGAAAAGAAGACACUUCAUUCUAUGCACUUUUUGGUUCUUUGCUAUGCUUGCAUGUGUCUUGCUGAGAGAACAAGGCUCAUUGGCUUUGGGGACCUGUGACCCAGUGGUCCAGCCAUUCCAGGUGAAAAUCCUGCUGAGUGUCCGCAGUCACCGCCCUGCUCCGCCUCUGUCUAUCUUGGAUGGGCACCUAGAAGGAAGGGCCACCAGGUCCCCACUAGUUCCCAGGGCACCUCUGGAAGCCACACACCUGUGCCCAGCAGCUGCCCUCAGCUCAGGUUUGUGGGCGGGGUGCCAGGCAUCUGCCCUUGGGGAAGGCCGCCUGAUGGCCUGGGGUGGCUCACCACCCUGCUGACUCCUCCAUCUCUCAGCGUAUGUUUCACACCACCCCCGCCUCCCAGGUGACUUGGAGCAGAAAUAGCCUGGCAGUGACUAGAAUAUGGACAUACGGCCACCCCCUCUCUCGAUGGAGCUCAGGACUGUGGACGUCUCUCAUCCAUGUGGACCGCCUAGUGUCUGGAAGAUAGGGCCCAAGUGAUGGGAGACACCUUUUCAAAGAAGGAUUUCUGAAACGUCUGACUCAGAGGAGGCAGCUGGGCCCUCAGCCACAGGACUUCCGGAGAGCAUAUGUCCUGGAGCAGGGCCCUCCCCAGGGGCAGGCACAAGGCCUAGAGGGACAGACUCUGCAGCAAGAGGCCCCCAUGACGGGUGGGCAGCCUCUCUCUCAUUUUUAAAUGAUGAAGACACCUGUGCAGAUUAAAGGAAAAAAUUCUUUAAUGAAAAACAGUAUUUUUAUUUUUAUUUUUGUCAUCUUCAACAGGGGCAGCCAUUCCAGGGCCCCCCUGGGCGACCGCCAGGAUACGCUGCUGUGUCCGGAGGGGUUGCUGUAGCCGACAGCUUUGCAGAGUCACUCCUCCCCCUAGACACACUUCCACCUCCUGAGAUGAAACGUCAGUGAUGGCUG